CUGCGAAUUUGUUUGAGAAAUGUUACAUUCCCCGUAUAAUAAUAAUUAAUCCCUUCUCUUGAAAUGUAUUAAUUUUGUGUCAACUGUUUUUUGAAGGGAUACAAUUUAAUCGAACGAGAAAUGUUUGUUGCGCAUAAGUCCGGUUUGGAACUAGCACUUCAAAGGGAGCUAGCGAACCGCAAAAAGGUUCCAAGUCCGAAUAACGAAGUCGUGAAAACCCUGACUCGAUCUCCAAGCUUCGGGGAUUGGACGAACGCAUGUUCAUCAAAAGUACAAUCUUCGAUGGAACAUCCAAGGCUUACGAUUCCGUCUCCACGACCCCAAUAUCACACAGAGCAGAGUUUGAUAAAAAUUGAGCCAUAUUCCGAUGAAAUAUCGAGCCUCAUAAAUCCUUCAUCACCUCAUAAAGAUUGGAUAAACCCGAGCAAACUUUUCGACAAAAAACUUCUGACUUAUAACUCAUCAUUUGAACUCCCAUUGAUUCUGGCAAAAACUCCACCUCCAAAGGCUAUUUUGAUUCCGAAAACCGACACAGAAACUCAAAGGCCAAUAUAUUUUCCCGGGCAGAUCAUCCCCACAAAGCCGCGUUCGAGUUUAAAGAGAAAACAAAUCGACAUUCAAGAAUUGCUAAAUCCACCACCAGCCUACAGUAACAACAGCAGCAAAGCGGUGAAUAAAUCCCCCCGGAAUUUAUUCUGCGAGCUCUGCCAGGUCAGCUGCUCAAGUGGGACCACAAUGCAGGACCACCUGAGGGGCCGGCCCCACAAGGCGAAGCUGGUGUGGAUGCAGCUGAAGACGAGGAACUGCACCGUAAAGCAGCCGAGGUGCAACGUCUGCCAAAUUUUCUGCUCGGAUAGGGAUACAAUGGAGAUGCACCUGAAGGGGCGUAAGCACAAGGCCAAACUGCAUGAACUUGAGGAAUGUAGGAGGAACGGAACUGGAGGGAUCGUGGCUAAGAAGAAGCCGGUGUUUUGUGAGCUGUGCCACGUCAGCUGCAUGAACGAGGACUGCUUCGAGAUGCAUCUCAGGGGAAAACAGCAUGCUACUAGACAAGAGAUGAAGCGUAGAGGUAUGAUAUGAUGAGGGGCAAAAGAGACAUUACCCGAAGGCGGAAAAAAAAGAAAAGAAAACACUUGAUUUCAUGGUAAUUCUUGAUAGUUAUUUAGUACUUAAUUAAUCACUGGAUACAAAUAUAGCAUCGAUCUAAUUUGUUAAUGACGGACUAUAGUAAGGAGAGACCGAAGAGGCGAAGACCCUAUGCAACUCGGAAUUAUUGAACAACAUAUUUCUUAAAAGCGCAAGUGUCUAAAGAUCGAAAUUAAUUUUAUAGAAUCUCGAUCACUCGAGAUCGACUUCAUUUUAGAGACACUGAGUCUUUUAACGAGUCUCUAAAAUGAAGUUUAGAGACGUUCAACGAGUCUCUAAAAUGAAAUUUAGAGACCUAUUUUGCUUACACAAGAAAAUAAAAACACAUCUUAUAAACUUCACAAUGAUAAAUUUCAUUUCUCGACCUCAAACGAAAAAAA